UUAAAGAUUUCACUGCUAAGAAGUUAUUCUGGUUUUUGUUCUAAAGCACUUUAUCUAGCACACCUCAAGGUGGUGAGAAAAGACAAUGCCUAAGCGAGUGCGGAGAAGCAUCACAGUCAGUCAAGCUUGACCAACCUUGUGAUUUUUUGGUCUGGCAAUGAGCAGAAGAGAUAUAUCAUGUUAUCCAACUUGGGAGAGAGAGAAUACAACAGCAGAGCAACUCUAUGGAUGUAAAUUAGGGUUUGAUUCAUGAGAAUGAGCUGACACAGAUACAUCAGUACAAGAAUUCUGGCUGGUGCACAGUUUGAUUGCUUUUUUUGCACAGAAUGUGGUAUUUAAAGCUGAAGCUUAUGAAGACAUCAAUCUAGUGGCUGGCACCUGAUAUUUUCCAAGAGACCUAGUUUUUGUUCCUGACAACUAAGGAAUAAUUUGUUUCAAGGAUUUCUUUGCCCUGAGGAUUUGAUGCCAGAACAUCUUAUUGUCAGUACAGUUCCUGAUCCAUGCAUUAGUUACCAGCUUGGCUUCAAGUUUUAUGCAGAUUAAACCCCAUCUUUCCUGCUUCGUCAUUCAACUAGAAUGCUUCCGAAUCAUUCCAUGAAUCACUGAGACUGCCACAGCUGACAAGGUGUUCAUUCCAUUUUUGUUUUGAAGCUGUGGAAUUAAUUUCAAUGUGCAGCAAAAUCUUUUCUGUUGAUUAUACUCCAUGGUAAUUGAAAUGUACUACCAGUCGAUGCAACAAAUUUGUUCUUCCUUAUCAUGUCAACCCCACAAUUCUAGGAGGACAUGUGAAUGAUUGAGAAGGACAUCCAUGUAAGAUAUGGAGCAUUAACUGCAAUAUUGCAAUCCAACACACCAAACCUUGUCAGAGAUGGGAAAGAGCUUCUUAUCCUUUCAACAUUUUGGAUUUAGAGAAAUUCACAUUAGUAAUCAAUCUAUUUUUCUCUUGAAUUGCUCUUCAAUCCUCCAAGUUCUUAAUCAUGCUAUAAGCUUGAAUUAUCCUAAUUGCAUAGGGAUAUUUCUUCAAUUUAGCUGCUAGAAUUCAGUUGUUCAAUCUUUAUAUCACUUCUUGUGCACUGGAUCAUUUUCUUUUUAUGAUAGAGAAGAUGUUAAAAAAAUGGUAGCAUCACAUGAAAGAUGUGGAUCAUUAAAUCUGAUGUCAAUUUUACAGUAAUAAAUUAAUCAAAUUGCCACUCGGAUUAAGCUAAUCAGUUUUGAGUCUUUGUGCUAGUCAGUUCUCAGUUCUUCAGAACUGAAAGAACAAGCUGCCAAUGUUGUGAUGCUUGCUUGUGAUCUGAGAUAUAUUUUGAUGUGCAUGAAAAGCUAUCAAAGUGCAGCAAAGCUGAAGUCCAGCAAUGGCUCCAAAGAGUUGGUGUUUAUAUGGAGCAAUUAAAAGCAAUCCAACCUCAGACAAAUCCCAAUGACUGCCCAGUGUGAUAUGGUGAACUCAUGAAGCCCCCACCGGCCAUCCUUAAAUGGGAAUUCAAUUCCCCUUGGUUCUAGCAAUAAAGGACAUUGCAGUCUAUGAAAACCCAGACUCGCAAGCUAUCGAAUGCCAUCUGGGACAGCUCCUCUUUAUAGCCCUUGGCUCCUUUGCUUGUGAAGAGGUGGGCUUUGGAAGAACUUGGGGGGUAUAAACGGAGAGGAGAGGUUGCUGCUGUUUUCUUGAGCUUCUUGUCUUGUCCGUUAUCAAGAAUCUGAGUGAGGAGAUGAGGCCAGAGGUUGGGAUGAGCCCAGGGAAUGUGCCUGUGUAUUAUGGGGGUGGGAAGUUGAGAGCUGUGGGGAGGAGGAUGGAGGUGGCUGAGGUUGUGCUGAGGUGUGCCAUAUGUGGGCUUGGGGUUCUUGCUGCUGCUCUGAUAGGGUCUGCUACCCAGGUUAGGGAGUUCUUCUCGGUGGAGAAGAAGGCCAGAUUCACUGACAUGAAAGCUCUGGUGUUCUUGGUGGUUGCUAAUGGGAUAGCUGCAGGCUACAGUCUGGUCCAGGGGGUGAGGUGUGUGGUGAGCAUCAUUAAGGGGGGUGUUCUACUCAAGAAGGCCUUGGCUUGGGCUAUCUUCUCUUGUGAUCAGGCACUGGCGUAUGCUGCAUCGGCAGCGAUCGCGGCCGCAGCGGAAGCGGCGGAGCUUGGCCAGUCGGGCCAGGCGGAGCUGCAGUGGAUGAAACUAUGCAACCUGUAUGGGAAAUUCUGCACCCAGGUAGGGGAGGGCAUAGCGAGUGCCUUCCUGGCCUGCGUCUGCCUGGUGAUUGUUUCCUCCAUGUCUGCCUUCAACCUCUUUCGGUUGUAUGGCAGAACCAAUGAGCAGAACAGUGGAAGCUGGUAAAGUGUUGCUGAAAUCCCUUUGAAUUUUCAGCUCAUGGCUGGUAGAAAAAAUGCCAUUUUGGCCUUGUAAACUUGCUCAUCUGAAUGUAAUAAAUGGAGAGACUGUUCUUUUGUACUGCAUCUUUCAAUGCAAGAGUAAGUAGCCAAUUCAGCCGUUGCUCAGACAAA